AUGAGUGAUCAACUAAGUGAAGAAGAAGAAGCCAAAGUACUAUUUUUCAACUACCAUGAGUUUAGUGAGACAUAUUAUGCUGAUAUAGAUAAUCCGGCUAUUCCCAGAGAACAUGAUGAAUCUGAAGCAUUAAUAAUUACACAUUUCCCUAAUGUAUAUACCCCACAAAACACCCAAUUAUAUAAAGAGACUCGUAUUGUUAGAAUUCCACGUCGAUUUGAAGAAUCCGUACAGUAUCCCAAUUUCAGUGAAUUAUUACCCGGGUUGGAACCAGCAGCAAUCAUCAAUGACAAUAGUAGUAAAAAUGACGACAUUCCAUUACCAAACAAAUUUAUAGCUCGUGGAGUGUAUGAUAAUGAUCAAAUAUUUGGUACGACUUCUACAAGCCCAUUGAGCCUCUAUUUCACACCUGAACAAUUCCGAGAUAUUGUUCAUGGAAUCAAUAUUUUACUCAAAGAGGAAUACCAAGUCUUUUCGUGGUGGAAUAUUCUUGACAUAAUCUUAACAAUACUGACUUUAAAUUUAUGGAUAUGGUUAUCGGACAAGUUGCAUGUAAGGGUGCCCAUGCAUAUCAAGAAACUUGAUUUACAUAUUAAGCAACUAAACGAAUCUCAACUCUUGGCAAGUCAACGGGUUCGAAUUAUGCAUCCCAGUCGAGCAGCUUACUUGUCGCUGGACUUCGAGAUUCCCAAGCCAGUUGCCUAA